AUGUCCAAGGUUCUUCCGUCGAACGCAACGUUCAAGAACAAAGAGAAGCCGCAGGAGGUCCGCAAGGCGAACAUUCUGGCGGCCCGUGCGGUGGCAGACGCAGUUCGCACGUCGUUGGGCCCAAAGGGAAUGGAUAAGAUGAUCAAGACUGGCCGUGGCGAGGUGAUCAUCUCGAACGACGGGCACACGAUUUUGAAGCACAUGGCGGUGUUGCAUCCGGCGGCCAAGAUGUUGGUGGACCUUUCGGGGGCCCAGGACGUCGAGGCCGGUGACGGAACCACGUCUGUGGUGGUGAUCACGGGCGCCUUGCUGGGAGCCGCAGAGAAGCUGCUCAACAAGGGCAUCCAUCCAACCAUCAUUUCGGAGUCGUUCACGCGCGCGGCCGAGCGCAGCGUCCAGAUUUUGCUGGACAUGUCGCAUCGGAUCUCGCUGGAGGACAGAGACGCGUUGAUCAGAGCAGCAAACACGUCGCUUUCGUCGAAGAUCGUGUCGCAGCACUCGUCGUUGUUGGGUCCGCUGGCGGUGGACGCGGUGCUCAAGGUUGUGGGUCCGCAGGCCACAAACGUGGACCUGAACGAUAUCCGUUUGAUCAAGAAGCUGGGCGGAACCAUCGACGACACAGAAACCGUGGCCGGCGUUGUUUUAACACAGAACGUGAUUAAAAGCGCAGGCGGCCCCACCAGAAUGGACAAGGCCCGUAUCGGACUGAUCCAGUUCCAGCUGUCGCCGCCAAAGCCCGACAUGGAGAAUAAUAUCGUUGUUAAUGACUACAGACAGAUGGACAAGAUCCUCAAGGAAGAAAGAGCGUAUUUGCUCAAUAUUUGCAAGAAGAUCAAGAAGGCCAAGUGUAACGUGUUGCUGAUCCAGAAGUCGAUUCUUAGAGACGCGGUCAACGACCUGGCGCUGCACUUCCUGUCCAAGCUCAACAUCCUGGUGGUUAAGGACAUCGAGAGAGACGAAAUCGAGUUCAUCAGCAAGAGUCUGGGUUGCAAGCCGAUUGCGGACGUGGACUCGUUCGUGGAGUCCCGUCUGGGCACGGCCGACCUCGUGGAGGAGGUGGAGUCGUCCGAGUCGCGGAUCAUCAAGAUCACCGGCGUGAAAAACGUGACCCAGCCAACCGUUUCUGUGGUGUGCCGUGGAGCCAACAACCAGAUUUUGGACGAGACAGAGCGGUCGUUGCACGACGCACUGUGUGUGAUCCGGUGUCUGGUGAAGGAGCGGGCCCUGAUUGCCGGCGGAGGAGCCCCGGAGAUCGAGGUGUCGCGCACGUUGCUCAAGGAGUCCAGCCAGCUUUCUGGCGUGGACCAGCUGUGUUUCCAGGAGUUUGCGCUCGCAUUGGAGGUGAUCCCCACCACGCUGGCCGAAAACGCAGGCAUGAACCCGAUCGAGAUCGUCACCGACCUGCGCAACAAGCACGAGCUCGGCGAAAAAGAGGCCGGCAUCAGCGUCAGACGUUCCGGUGCUACCAACACCUACGACGAGCACGUGCUCCAGCCGGUUUUGGUCAACACUAGCGCCAUCACCCUCGCUGCCGAGACGGUCAAGUCGAUCUUGCGGAUCGACGACAUUUCCUUUAGUAGAUGA